AUGGACGUAUUUCUCUCACAACCAACAGCCCACUGUCAUGCUCCUCAACCUGAUCAUGUGCCUGCUAUUCAAUUAAAAAAUGAAAUUAAAGCUCGUGCCGUAACAACAGAUGAAUCAACCAGCUCCAUUAUUCAUUCUGCUUUGCGUACGUAUCCGGUGAGUGCUGCUGGUGAACUUCCAAAAAAUGAAGCACUUAUGCUAAUGAUUCGACGACAGCGUACUGUUGAAACAGUCGAUGCUGAUGGUUGUUUACCAGAAAAAUUAAGAAAGACGUAUCGCGAUGAAGACUUCAUCUUGCACGAAGACAAAAAUUUAAUUAUCUUUACAACAAAAACAAAUUUAUCGAUUCUGAAGCAAAAUAAACAUUAG